CGGGACCCAUCUGCCCGACUCUCGGAAACACAGAGACAGAACUGCGCGGGUGUAGAACCGCGCCGAGAGUUCUUGUCUCGUGAGACUUCCCCUGAAAAGGUCACCUUCGUGCCUCCUGAUAGUUCCACUGGUUAGUGUGAGGUGUCGUGCCUUAAGGUCGAGAGAGAACGGCACUCGGGUGUAAAGCUGUACCUGACAAUCAGGCGCUCCUUUCUGGAAAUCCAACUCGGUGACUCAAUUAAAAAUUUAAAGUCCCCUUUUAAUACAAUGAGGAUUAUGCUCCGAGUGCAACUCUUGGGGAACAAUGGUCCCCAUCACUGGUGUGCGACGGGUGCUCAGUUUACACCAAAAUUGCUGCUGAAGUCCCAACAGUUCAUAGUCCAGGAGAAGAAACUUCACAAUUACACUAAAUAUUUGUGUGGAAAACACUUCUAGGCCAUAAUUCUAAGUACUGAUGUCACUCAGUGUGCCUUCUCCUAUUCUUUCACCACUGCACAAACUAGUUCAUUGCCCUCAGUUGGUAUCCUCAAUGUCAGUACUGUCGUAAAGGGGGGACCCCCUCUAGGUGCCUUUGGGAUUCUGCAUAAUGUCCAUCAUUAAUUUGGACAACAACUGAGAGGAAGGGAUCGCAAGUCACAUACAACUGUCAAGCAACACUCAUUUAUCAGAGCAAUUUACUAUACAGUGUUUCGCUAGGGCGCGUUUCCAUUUUCGGUUCCAGAACGGCCCUACUCUGCCCCCAGGUCCUUUGGCCUGGCCUGGUCUGGCCUCCGUUGCUUAUGUGUUACAACAAGCACCAAAUCAAUUGGGGCGGGAUCAACUCAACUGUGCUAGCUUCCAUUGCACAAUCGCCGCGUGUGAGGUUCUGCCACAAGAUUUCACGAGUGGGCGAGUCUUGCCCACUUCUUUUGCAUUGAUUCACAGUACGAAUUGCACUUGCAUGAUGCGGCAACAUUUCAAAUUACAUUCGGUCCUCAAAUGCACAGACACAUUCGCAUAGCCCCCCAAAAAAUGGCUGGUGGAGUUGAGGAUGAGGGGAGAGGAGCUAGAGCAAGAAAAAGUUCAUGUUCUGUUGUAUUUUUUUUUUUGUAUGUUCAAAUGUUGUGUAAAGCGGCCCUGUUGUGAAAGCGCUAUUUGAAUAAAAGAGAUAUUGUUUUAUAUUGUAAUAUAAUGCUCUUGUAACAUGAAAAUAAAGUUUUAUUUUCUCGUUCAAAGUAUGUAUCACAACUGCUAAUGUGCGACACCCGGUGCUAACACGACCUGGGUUAUUGGACAGUAACUGGAUAAAUCUAAAAAAGGUGAAAUAUUCCCGGUCGUCAUUGAUGUAGAGCUAACGUUCCAUUUGUUUUCUAUCUCAAAUUCAGAACGCUUCUUGGUGCUAUUCUGAGAGAGUUUUCACUCUCCCGAGGUGAACUCAUCGUUGCUUCACCACCAAUAAAUUAUUUUAGAACAUUAUUUUAAAUCCAAACCACUGACGUGCAUACAUGAGUCGGACAGCUAUUAUUUUGAAGGAGGCCAAUGGCGGUCCCUGGCGGCCGAAUACCGUAAUGCACAGUAUUAACAAUCGCUGUGGCGGCUGGCUUGACUCCAACUUUGCGUGUGGAUGUUGGCCGCUUGGCCUGACCGCAGUUUCAAACACUGGUGACGCAGUACCAAGUGUAAUAUUUAUCCGUGUAACUUGGAGUUAGGUAUCUUACUCAACAAUUCGCCAUUGGCUGCAAUGGCCGGGGAUCGAACUUCCAUCCUGCGGGUUCGAAAACGACCACAGCAACGUCGCCCCCAAAAUUACGAAUAAUAAAAAAUAUAUGAAUGCAAGAAUGACACACCAUGCAAAGUAAACCAAACCUAUCGAUUUAAGAAUGAUCAAUUAGUAUAACUCGGGGGUAAGUAUCUUGCUCAACACCAGCGAGUACCCGCCACCCCGCCCCCUCGCAUGCUGACCGCGACGUUCCGACUCGUGACGUCACGGAGACGUCAAGGCUCCAGCGUGAGCUUGAUUGCCCGUCACACGCAGGCAAGACUGGAGGGCGAGACACAGUCAGCAUGAGGCUUGUUUAUUUGUGCGCGUGCCUGCUGCUGGGCCUGGCGGAGGCCGAGCACGUGGUGUCAUUGACUCAACCCUUCGGAAGCUUCCAGUCGCCAAAUUUCCCAGCGACCUACCCUGACAACAUGCAUCAUCGCUGGGACAUCCGUGUUCCCGACGGCUUCCGUGUCCGACUGGACUUCAGCCAUUUUGACCUGGAACCUUCUGACAUGUGCCAGUGCGACUACAUCAGGGUGGAGGCUGGGGGCGGGGCCUCGGACGUGGGCGGGUCUUCCAUCAUGGGCGUGUUCUGCGGUGGCAAGUCUCAGGAUCCAGAUAGCGCUCCGGGUCCCGAGCCCCUUGGCGCGUCCGGCAACAUCGUCAGUGUCGUCUUCUCGUCGGACUUCUCCAACCAGCAAAACUUUUCUGGCUUCCAAGCCCACUACAGCGCAGUCGACAUGGACGAGUGCGUGGAGGGUGUGGACGAGAACGACGCUUGCGACCACCUGUGUCACAACUACGUAGGUGGCUUCUACUGCUCCUGCCGCCUUGGUUACCUGCUGCACCCCGACAAACGCACGUGCACAGUGGAGUGCAGUGGCCUGGUGUUUUCCGAGCGCGUGGGCUCCCUGAGCAGCCCCAACUUCCCGUCGCCGUACCCGAAGAGAACCGAGUGCUCCUACGUCAUCCAGGUGUCGCCGGGGCUCAAGCUCCGCCUUCAUUUUGGUGACCCUUUCGAUGUGGAGGACCACCCCCAAACCCUCUGUCCCUAUGACUUCAUCAAGAUCCGAGCGGCGUCUAAAGAAUUUGGGCCGUUUUGCGGCGGGAAGUCGCCCGGCGUGAUCCAAACGGACUCCAAUAUCGUCGCCAUCUUGUUUCACAGCGACCACUCGGGAGAGAACGUUGGCUGGAGGAUGACGUACACCUCUGAGGGAAGUCAGUGUACCUCUCCAGUGCAUGGGGCCAAUGCCACGGUGAGCCCGCUCCAGCCUGAGUACUCACCCGGAGACCGCGUCCGGGUCUCAUGUUUGCCGGGCUUCAUGCUCAUCAAGGAUGGUGAGCGCAUGGAUGCCGACUUUGAGAUGCACUGUCAGCAAGAUGGCACCUGGGAUACCGCACUGCCCGUCUGUCAAAGUAAAAGAGAGUAUGGUUGCAGUCCAGAUGUUCCGAGGGGGGCGGAGCUUACACCCUGCGUGCCUUCGUGCGGCCGUCCGUCCCGUCCGCUGGCCGUCCAGGUGAAGCGUAUUGUGGGUGGUCGCGUGGCCGAGCCGGGGAACUUUCCCUGGCAGGUUCUUCUGAGUGUGGAGGACUCCAGCCGCGUGCCGUCGGAGCGCUGGUUUGGCUCGGGCGCACUACUGUCGGACAUGUGGAUCCUAACCGCCGCCCACGUUGUGCGCUCCCGUCGCCGCGGCACCCACGUGGUCCCCGUCGCCCCCGAUCACAUCAAGGUGUUGGUGGGCACGGUGGACGUACGGGACAAACGGGCGUCGGCGGUCCUGACCGUGUCCCGGGUGCUGGUCCAUCCCGACUUCUGCCCCAGCGACUUCAACAAUGACAUCGCCCUGCUGAAGCUGAGCACGAGGGCGGAGCUGAACCGUGUCGUCCGUCCCGUCUGCCUGCCGCCGCCACCGCAGAGUGACGCCUCUGCGCCCCCACCUCACACUCUGGGCAUGGUCGCCGGGUGGGGCGUGUCUCACCCCGACAUGACCUCCGACCUGCUGCAGUUCGUCCGGCUGCCGGUGGUCCCGCAGGACGAGUGUCGUGCCAGCUACGCGGCCCGCGCGGGCAGCUACAACGUCAGCGACAACAUGUUCUGCGCCGGCUUUUACGAGGGCGGGCGUGACACCUGCCUGGGCGACAGCGGUGGGGCCUUUGUGGCCCAAGACCCCGUCAGCCGGCAGUGGGUGGUGUUCGGCUUGGUGUCGUGGGCGGGGCCCGAGGAAUGCGGCAGUCGGCGGGUGUACGGCGUCUACACGCGCGUCAACAAAUACCUCAAAUGGAUCCAGCAGCACCUCGUGGUGGUCCCGUGAUGAUGUCACACGGAACACUGACUCGUCUUACAAUCCUAGCACCACUAUGUUGUGUAAAUAUAGAUAAGAUUGUGGCUAACAUAUCGUUAACAAUUGCCAAGCUGUGGAUAUCACGUAGACGUGUUGUAGACAUUACAAUAACCCACUUUAAAAACACCCACACACACACACACACACACACACACACACACACACAAAAUCGGGGUUUCUUGUACUGUCACCCCAAGAUAUCAGGAAAAACAACUCGGCAAAUCGUACCAAAUAGUUUGGGAGCAAACGACUUGCUUGCUUUGAUGUGUGCUAACUUACAUUC